GGUUAGCGCCGUCCUAACCUUUCUCAUCAUCCGAAGCAGUGGCCCGGGAUAUAUGAAUAAAAUAACGGAUAUACUUGGAGGGUGGACAACUACUUUCCCCGUUUUCAACCAUGACUCGCAAUCCGGCUAUUAUGCCUUCCAUCCAGGAUGUCCCCUCCAAUCUAUCAGUGCCUCGCUUUCUGUUGGAUGGGUAUUGCCACGCUACGCGUCCAGAAAGACCCAAGGAAAUACCGUGCCUCAUAGAUGAUACUACUGGCGAGAAGGUGUUUAUAGAGGAGCUGCGAGCGCGAACACAAUACCUUGCUUCCGCUAUUAACGUGAACUGGAAUCUCAAGGAGGGAGAAAUCGUUGCAAUCAUGAGCUUCAAUCACAUCAAUUUCCCUCCGUGCGUGUGGGCUACCCACAGGUUAGGUGGUAUAGUGGCGACUUUGAGCCCAAGCCUUUCCGUUGGCGAAUUAGUGCACCAUUUAAAUAUUGCCCGGCCUACUUUGCUCUUCGUGCAUUCGGAUUGUUUUACUACCGCCUAUCAAGCAGCGUCCGCGAUCCUUCUUCCUCUCAGCAAGAUCGUUGUCCUGGACGGAUCGACAUCCGUUUUUGUGCCGUCUCAAUUGCAUUCAUACCGGUCUUUCGAUAGCCUGAUUAAACAAGGAUCUCUACUACCUCCUGUAAUUGAGAAGCCAUUCAAAGACGGCGAAGCGAAGACGCGGAUUGCGUUUCUUGCCCCUUCAUCGGGUACCACAGGUGUCCAAAAGGCAGUCGCAAUUUCCCAUUUCAAUGUUAUCAGCAUUGUUAUGCAGGUCGCUAUAUUUAACCGCAUUGGCGAAACCUAUACGCAAUGGGAAGAUCAACGUUUCCGACCUGGAGAUAUCUGCUGUGGAUUUUUGCCGCUGUAUCAUAUCUAUGGUCUAGUUUAUAACCUUCACUUCAUGUUGUAUGCAGGGAUGUCAUUAGUCCUCGCUCCGAAGUUCCAUUUUGAAAGUUUUUUGAAGAGUAUUGAGCGAUAUCGCAUGACACAUUUAACAAUCGUUCCGCCCCAAGCGGUCUUACUUUGCAAGCACCCGGCAGCGAAGAAUUAUACCCUUUCUAGUGUGAGAUAUUGCAUCGUGGCGGCAGCUCCUCUUAGCGCAUCUCUUACCAGAGGGCUUUUGAGAGCUUUACCCAAUGUCGUGCAUCUGGGUCAAGGAUACGGAAUGACUGAAACCUGUGGGACCGUCAGCAUGUUCCCUUUAUCUCAAAAUGUCGGCACACUCGGUAGUGGUGGUCAGCUUCUUCCGGGCACUCUGGCGAAAGUGGUUAGAGAGGACGGAACGAUCGCUCAAGUCGGGGAUGUCGGGGAGCUCUACGUUCAAGGCGGUCAAGUUGCUCUCGGAUAUUACGGAGACGAGAGAGCUACUAAGGAAACAUUCGUUGAUGGGUGGCUUAGAACGGGAGAUCAGGUCUUCUUCAAGGAGAAUGGAGAUAUAUUCAUCGUAGAGCGAAUUAAAGAACUCAUCAAGGUCAAAGGACUCCAAGUGGCCCCGGCAGAGCUUGAGGGACACCUUCUAAUGCACCCUAGCAUCGCAGAUGUGGCGGUAAUAGGUAUUCCGGAUGAAUAUGCUGGAGAAGUACCCAUGGCUUUCGUGGUUCUUCAGCCAGGAGCUGCAACCUUGGUGGAGCACGAUUCGAAUUAUGCAACCGAGCUUCAAUCAAGUAUUUUCCAGCACGUUGUCGACGCGAAAUCCAAACACAACUGGCUUAAAGGAGGUAUUCGUUUCACCGAUGUCAUUCCUCGCAAUGCCAGUGGCAAGAUUUUGCGUCGUAUUUUGAGAGAAAAAACCAGGAAUCAUUUGCUGCCAAAUUAUAGCUUUGUUUUGGUUAUCCGAUUCUUGUAUAUAUGUACUAUGUACUACUAACCUAAGUAGUAGUGUGAUAUUGAAGGUACCAUAGUUAUUAAACAGUUACAUAUCAUAUUUCCGCGGAGUGUUGCUAAUCUUACUUCAAACCAUAAGUAGAAGUUGUAAUUGUGCCAUAAGUAUGCAGUUAAUUUCUCAAAC